AUGAAGUCAAAUCUAAACAUAAAAAUUUUAAAGCUAUGCAUAUCCGAGGUAUGUUUACAAAUAGGAUUUGAGAGAAUAUCGGAACAGAGUCUUAAUAUAUUGUCCGAUUUAUUAAAAUAUUACAUAAUAAAAAUUUCACUACAAAUUAAUAAAUCAGUAGGAUCGGAUGCUUAUUUCGAAGGGGUCACAGAAUUUUUACUAAAAACUUUUUUAGGGGAAGACUCUUUUUUAGAAAAAGAAAUGCUUGUAUUUUUGAACUUACAAAAUAAUUUAAAAGGACAUUUAAAUGAUCAGGGGAGUAAUAAAUCGUUAUUGCAUUGUUUAAAAAUACUUCCAAAUGACCAUCUUUUUACGGGUGUAACACGUAAUAAUAUUUAUGAACUUGGUUCUGAACCAAGACUAAAAACUAAUUUUGUAAAUGACGCUAUUGAAAAAGAUGAAGAUUUUCAAUUUUUUCUAAAAAACUGUAAACCUAAGACCUUUUGUGAAAUAAAGGUAGAUAAAUGUGAUUAUGACUUAACAAAUGUAAUAGAAGAAAAUAAGAAACAAAAAUGUGAAUUUAAUUAUGAGCAAAUGAGCAUUUUUACAGAUUUUACAUGUACAGAAAUUUUUAAUGAUCUCGAUGACUUGUUUGCCGAUUUUUCAAAUUUUGCAACACAAAAAAUAUUUAAAGAAUUAUAA